GGAGAGGAUAGAAAGGUAAUUGUACCGUUAGAUGUUGCGGUGUGGUGUGUGUGGUGUAGAAGAAGUUAUAAAGCUGUCGUGUCCCAGACCAGGACACUGCCAUCCAUCUUUCCAAGCCAGUGUAUAGCUUCCUUCUCCCCAAUUUCAAUUCUUUAAUUGUCUGCUGUGCAGUUUCCCCUCUUCAUCUCUAGUUCUAAUAUCUCCUGACCACCUUCACCAUGCGUUCCUUGAGCCUCCUUCUUGCCAUCGUCGCCUUUGCUGCUUCGGCUCUGGCUCUCACGAUCACCGCGCCCAAGGCUGGGGACCAGGUUGACUUCAGCAAGUCGUACAAGUUCCAAUGGACAACGGUUUCUUCUGAUCCGGACGAGGUCACUUUGGUCCUGGUCAACAUGGCCUCCCAGCCUACAGUCAACAAGGUCAUCACCCAGAAUGCCAAGGUCUCGGAUGGCUCCUAUACUGUGGACAUGAUCACCGGGAUUCCUGUUGCUAAUGGCUACCAACUGAAUGCUAUUGCCAACACCACCCAGAACACUGGCAUCUUGAGCCAAUCGAACCAAUUCAACGUGACCAAGGUUGGCAAAGUUGAGACGGCCACAGCAUCUGCCACUACUGCCACCAAGACCGCUGCCUCCGCCACUGCCUCCGCCGGAGCUGCCGCAAGCGCAAUGACCCUGAGCGGUCCCCUCGCCGUGCUCAGCGCCCUCGUGAUGAGCAUCUUCGCCGGAGCGUUGUAAACGACCCCAGUCCAAGCAAGGUACAGUGACACGAUCCACAAUUGACGUCGCGACUUUCGUCAUGCAAUCCCGGUGUCACUGCAUCGAACCACCAUCGUUAUCCGCACCGUUUCGCCUCCGAGUAAACGACCUCCCACCGCUCAGCCCGGGCGUCUGUCCC